AUGUCGGCCAGGUUGACAACCCCCGAAACUCCCGCCGGCACGGCAUCCUCGGACCCAGAGACCGGGACCCCGACUCGGCCCGGCCGGGUUCAGGUGGAUGACAACGCAUCGGCACCACCCAGUCUCCGCCACGUCAAUCCACCAUGCAAACGAAUCACACAUGGGAUGAUGAAAUCGAGCACCGCGUUAUACCUGUAG